AUUUUUGUUAAACCAAAUUCUAGUUAACCGGUUAGUUAACAAAAACAUAAACACUCAAAACUAAACCCAAACCCUUCUGUGUCCGUCUCUCUUCCUCGCCACUCCGCCGCCUUCUCCUCUCUCAAAGGCAAUCUUCUGCUUUCGUCUUCUUCGUCUCUAUUAAGUUCUCAUCCCUCCGCUACUUCCUUUCCCCCCAAAGCAACUCAUACAUAAUCCGUACGAUGCAAACCAUGGAGCUUUCAAAUCCAACCAACACCAAAAAACCCAAACAACCACCAACACGUUUCAUCAAAAACCAAAUCCCCGACACAAUCCUCAACGACCCUUCCCUCAACGCAACAAUCUCCCUCCUCCCAUCCAUCUACCAAUUCGAAGUCCACAAAUCCGUCUUCCGCAUCAAAUCCAAAAACGCCAAACGCGUCGCCCUCCAGCUCCCCGAGGGUCUCCUCAUGUACGCCCUCACCCUCUCCGACAUCUUCACUACCUUCGCCGGCGCCACUCACUGCUUCGUCCUCGGCGACGUCACCUACGGAGCUUGCUGCGUCGACGACUUCUCCGCCUCUGCUCUCGGCGCCGACUUGCUCAUCCACUACGGACACAGCUGCCUCGUCCCCGUUGACGAGGACACCAUGAAGGUCCCUUGUCUCUACGUCUUCGUCGAGAUUAAAAUCGAUGUCAAGUGUUUGGUGGAUACUAUCCGUCUCAAUCUCGGUGAUGUUGAAAACAUUAUCCUCGCGGGAACUAUUCAGUUUAAUUCGGCCGUUAGGGCGGUUAAGCCUGCGUUGGAGAAUGAGGGUUUUAAGGUUUUGGUCCCUCAGUCGAAGCCGUUGUCGGCCGGGGAAGUACUCGGAUGCACUGCGCCGAAGGUAAGGAAGGUUGAGGGUUGUGAUGAGGAGGACUAUGUGCUGGUGUUUGUGGCUGACGGGAGGUUUCAUCUAGAGGCGUUCAUGAUAGCGAACCCCGAGAUAAAGGCGUUUAGGUACGAUCCUUAUCUCGGGAAGCUGUUUUUGGAGGAGUAUGAUCACAAAGGGAUGAGGGAGACGAGGAGGCGGGCGAUUUCGCGGGCGAAAGAGGCGAAGAGUUGGGGGAUUGUGUUGGGGACUUUGGGAAGGCAAGGGAACCCUAAGAUUCUGGAGAGGUUGGAGAAGAAGAUGGAGGAGAAAGGGAUUGACGGGACCGUUGUUUUGAUGUCGGAGCUUAGUCCGACGAGAGUGGCCUUGUUUGAAGACUCUGUUGAUGCUUGGGUGCAGAUAGCGUGUCCGAGGCUUUCUAUUGAUUGGGGUGAGGCGUUUCUUAAGCCGCUUUUGACGACUUUCGAGGCUGAGAUUGCUUUAGGGUUUAUCCCCGGGUGGUGGGAGAAGGGUUCUUUGAGUAGAGUUGAGUCUGGCUGCUGCAAAGAGGAGAAAGAGAAAAGCUGUGCGUGUAGAGAUGAUAAGAAGGAUGAUGAUGGGGUGCUUGAUGGAGACUAUCCGAUGGAUUAUUAUGCAGAAGCAGGUGGUGAAUGGAAUUCAAAAUAUAAGAAGUCAUCUCGUCCCAGUCGAAGAAACCCUUUACCUUCUGUUGUUUAGAGUGCUGUGAGGUUUCAUGAUGAGAUAUAUUUUUCAACACACAAAGUCAAAAGGCAAAUGGGUUUUAGGAGACUGACAACAAGAGACUCUUGCUGUGUAUUGAUACAAGGGGUGAGGACUAAGAGAAGCUACAACAUUUGUUGCUCUCCUUUACUGAGAUUUUGUCUUUUUAAAUUUUGGGUUUAUGGGGUUGCAACACAAUGGUGACUGAAGUGAAACUAUAAGUCUUGUGUGUAGUAAAAAUUGAUGAUCUUUAUUUUAACAUUUUUACCUGGUUUUGUUUUGGUUGUGGUAUUUUCGUAUAUAUUUGCGUUGGUUUGAUCCUAU